AUUUGUGAGAAGUUUUAGUGCUUCGUAUAGUGAACUUGAGAAAAUGACAUAAAGUAAAAUAGUAGGUUUGAUUCGAUUAACAUCCUUUCAUACCUUAUGAAAUGGAUACUUCUGAGUCACUGCAUAUGGCAUACAGUAGACCUAUUAAUUUGUUGACAAGAGAAAUAUCAUUAACGGGCGGUGCUUCUACUUUUUGACAUUUUUAUAAUCUGACUAUCAAUUGAUUGUUGAUUUUUUCAACAUUUUUCAAACAUAUUUAUUAAUUAUACUUAUCAGUAUUUAUUGUUUAUACAAACAAUUAACAUUCUUAUCAUUGUUUUCAAAUUAAAUGGUAGAAGAUAAAACAAAUAAAUCAUAGAAGCAUUUAUUUCACCACAUCAAAAUGGAUAUUGGAUUUUCUUCAUACCACAACGGUGGCCCUGCCAGGGAACAAGAUUUUAGUAGGUUAUCUCAAACUAUAGGAACCUCUAUAUUGAAGAUAUCACAAAAUGUAUCUUCAAUGCAAAAGAUGGUUAAUCAAUUGGGCAGUUCUACGGAUUCACAGGAACUUAGAAACAAAUUGCAUCAAAUACAACAUUAUACACAACAACUUGCAAAAGAUACCAGUGGUCAUUUACGUGAUUUAGCUAAUAAUUCUGGUUCAAGUAGCCCUGGGGAACAAAGACAACGUAAAAUGCAACGUGAACGACUUCAAGAUGAAUUUACCACAGCGUUAAAUUCUUUUCAAGCUGUACAAAGACUCGCUGCCACAAAAGAAAAGGAAAUGGUUCGUAAAGCUAAAGCUAGUGCGGGUAUUGCACCAUUCGGUGAAAAGAAACAGGAAACAUUAAUUGAAUUGCAAGAUAGCAGAACGCAGAAACAAAUACAACAGCAACAAUUAAAAGAAGAACAAAAUUUACGAAUGUUAGAAGAACAAGAAGCAAGUAUAAGACAAUUAGAGAGUAAUAUCAGCGAUAUUAAUCAAAUUUUUAAAGAUCUUGGUGCUUUAGUGUACGAUCAAGGGGAAGUUGUUGAUUCAAUAGAAGCUUCAGUGGAAAGAACAGAAGUAUCGGUUAAUGAAGCAACUUCUCAUGCACAGUACGAUGAUAAAAGAUGCAAAUGUAUUUGCCCAAGUCUUUCCUCUGUGAUAAAUACAACACAACCUUCGUUGGAUCGUUUAAUUUUUAUUAUUAAUGUCCCACCAUCGCAAUGUAAAUGCGAAGAUGUUGUUUUACCAAAACUUGGUGAUCAGAUCAAAACUAAAGAAGAAAUAUUUUGUCCUAGAUGCGAUUGCAAAUAUGAAAAUAGAAACACAACUAUUAUUAAAAUUGUGGUAAUAAUUGUUAUUUGGGUAAUAUCAUUGUUAGUAAUUUAUAUGUUAUUUUUAAUUUGUUUGGAUCCAUUAUUGAAUAAAAGGAUUCAUAAAAAUACAACUAAUAUUGGUUAUCACGAACACAAUAACGAAGAGGAUGAUGCAUCAGUAGCACCUGGAUCUUCUCAUCCAAUGGGAGAAAGGGGAAACGUUUUAAAUCGUGUAGGACAUCAACAAGAUAAAUGGAAAAGACAAGUUCGAGAACAGCGACGUAAUAUUUAUGACCGACAUACUAUGCUUAAUUAAAAAUAUUCAUUUGAUUAUGACAGAAUACCAAAUAUCAUGAAUAAUGUAUUACACAUCCUUAAAACAGAAACAUGGCAGAUAAUCUUUGCAAUCUAAUUGGUUUGUAAUGCAGCAAGUAUCUUUAAAAACUAACUAUAUAUAUAUAUAUAGUGCUGCAAUUGUUUUAAAUAUGUAUAAAAAUUAGAAGUAUUAUUAUUAA